AUGCAACAAGGAAUUGAUAUUAAAGACAGGUUUAGUGAAUUGAUUUCCCAAUACGCAGAAUUGUUUCAAUGCCCUAUAGUACUGAAUUCUGAGUUAACCCAAAUGUUUCCAAGACAAAUCAACGAAACUGAAAUUCCGGAAAAAACACAAAAGAAGCCAUUUCGUUAUGUACCUGGUAUAACUGAUAUAGCAGGGAAAUUUGUCCCCCGAAAGCCGAUUCUAAUAACUCCAAAUACCAAGUUUAACAUUUAUCCAACAAAAAAUGAUUCAUUCAUUUUACCAAUAAAACUUCAAAAUGGACAUCAUGGCUUUCUAAUAUCUUCGACAUAUGAUUACUAUAUUUAUGAUUCAAUUCUUAAUCACGGUUAUUACAUUGAUAAACUCAAGAAUUUGGAGCUAAAUGGGAAGAAGAUUACAAUUGGAGAUAAAAUAUUUACUUUAUCUACAACAGUAAAAGAAAAUUCCCGAAAGAUAAUUUCGGAACUCCAAGAGUUUAUACCUCGCGUUUUAGCUGAGAAAAAUCUGAUAACUUACAAAAAUUUCUUUGAAUCUCUCGGUAUAAUGCAAGCAUUUCCUCCGGUUAACGAAUUUACUUUGCCAUAUUAUAGGACUCUUUUCACCAACAACAACUUUUUGCUUUUAUAUUCACGCGUAAUAUACACCAAAGAUGAUAUGAAGCCGCUUGCUCAAGCCUUUCUGAAUAUUACCGGACCAGAAUUUCCAGCUUUUUAUAGGUUUAUGGCGUACGAUGAAUACAAAACAUACAAAUCACCAUCCCUCGCAAUGCGUGGAAAUAACUUCUUCGUGUCUCUUACAACAUACAUCGUUGGCCAAGAUCCGGAGUACAUCAAAUUCCUUGAUUCUUUGUCACUUCAAUCAGAAACUCUUGUUGAAGACUUCAUUAAAGGAGUGGAGAUUAUGGAUCUCUCUCCUCGUUCAAGAAUUGUCUUAAAUGCAAUUUAUAAUGAAGGCAAAAGAACUUUUCCAGAAACUGAUUGCAAGAGGUUUGGUGUAAGUGGAGUUCUCUUCCUAAGAUUGAUGUCUCCGGUUCUAAUGCUUAGAGAACCAAGAUUUUCAAACAAAAUUCAGCCCCUUACGCCAAUAUUUAACUUAAUGGAGAAAGGAGAUCAAAAUGCAGUUAAUAAGCUGCGUGUAUUAAUUGACAGAUAUUCUGUAUUCCCAGAAAAUUACGUUGUUGAGCCCAACAAUUCUUAUAACGAAAAAGAUAUUGAAACUUUAAUUCAAAUGAUUCCAAAGAGCAAAGAUGAACUCAUUCGAGCUGCAACACAUGUGAAUUUUUCUGAUAUUUAUUCUCAAUACUUAUCUUUACCACCUGUUUGA